AGGAACAUGGGUCCAGAACCCUCUAAGCCAAGGGUCUUGGGCUUAUAUAUACCCAAGUCUUAGCCACUUAUUUGAACACAACAACACACAACAUGGGUUCUUCAUUUUGGACAGUGUGUUUGAUUCUAGCAUCACUUGUUUCUUCUUCAUUCUGUGCUCUCCCAAGGAAGCCAGUGGAUGUACCAUUUGGUAGAAACUAUUACCCUACUUGGGCUUUUGAUCAUAUCAAAUACUUCAAUGGCGGUUCUGAGAUUCAGCUUCAUCUUGAUAAGUCCACUGGUACUGGUUUUCAGUCCAAAGGUUCAUACUUGUUUGGUCAUUUCAGUAUGAACAUUAAGAUGGUUCCUGGUGAUUCUGCUGGAACAGUUACUGCUUUCUACUUAUCUUCACAAAAUGCUGAACAUGAUGAGAUAGAUUUCGAGUUCUUGGGGAACAGAACAGGACAACCUUACAUUUUACAAACAAAUGUGUUCACUGGUGGACAAGGUAACAAAGAACAAAGGAUAUUUCUUUGGUUUGAUCCAACAAAAGAAUUUCACAGAUACUCCAUUCUAUGGAACAUGUACCAGAUUGUUUUCUAUGUGGAUGAUGUUCCAAUAAGAGUGUUCAAGAACAGCAAAGAUUUAGGAGUGAAAUUUCCAUUUGACCAACCAAUGAAAAUAUACAACAGUUUAUGGAAUGCAGAUGAUUGGGCAACAAGGGGUGGAUUAGAGAAAACAGACUGGUCAAAAGCACCAUUCAUAGCAGGAUACAAAAGCUUCCACAUUGAUGGGUGUGAAGCAUCUGUUAAUUCAAAAUUCUGUGCAACACAAGGAAAGAGAUGGUGGGAUCAAGCUGAGUUUCGUGAUCUUGAUGCAGCUCAAUGGCGUAGCUUAAAGUGGGUGAGAGAAAAAUACACCAUUUACAAUUACUGCACUGAUAGAAAACGUUUACCUCAAAUUCCCUCCGAAUGCAAAAGAGAUGGUGACAUUUGAAUUUUCAUGCAUACUUUUACCACUUACUUUACCAUAAAUCUCUUCUCGUAAGUAUUUGUAUCAUAAAUUAUUUGUUCUUGUCUUGUCACCGUUAUAUCAUUUGAUCAACUAUGUAAUAUUUCAAGGUUGAAUCUAAGGGAGCCUUUAUAUAUGUAUCUGUAAUUCUAUAUUGAUUGGUCAUUUAUCAAGAAAAAUAACAUUUGUUUGCUAUUG